GGUAAAUCUUUAACAAUGGAAGUAUUGAGAGUGAUUUGUCUGAGUGUAACUCUCGUGUGCGGUAUUGCGAUGGUUAACAGCUUACCCGAGGAACGUCCGAACGUCCGUAGUCAGUCAGCGAGGGUUGACCGCUUACCCGAGGAACGUCCGAACGUCCGUAGUCAGUCAGUGAGGAAUGCGGCCUUCUUGAAGUCCCAGCCAAAAGUUCUGACGUCAGCGGUGAUGAAAAGCAGAGAGAAAACUGUCGGUCAAGACGAGGCAUUUUUCAAGGCAGGAGUGGACAAAAUAGCCAACUUCUCGAGUCUCGGGACGAAAGCGAUAUUAUCUGGGACGAAAGCCAAAUCUGUCCAAUUGGGACAAUCGACCAGGGCCAAGAUAGCACUGAUCAACGAGAUAGCACAAGUACUGGAUGGCACGAGAGACGAGCUCGCCGACACUGUCGACAUCCUCCUACAAGACGGUGGGGGUCCGGCCAGCAGCUUCGUGGACCUGGUGAGAACUGACGGCGUCUGUAAGCGGCGGACGACUCCACGCUGCGACAGCAACUCGAGGUACCGCACGGCGGACGGCAGCUGCAAUAACCUCGGCAGGCCCGACUGGGGGCAGGCGUUUAUUCCCAUGAGGCGCUUCCUCAAACCAGCUUAUCAGGACGGUAUGUUUACGCCCAGGACUCUCUCUGUGGUGACGUCAGCAAACCUUCCGAGCGCGCGCAAUGUAAGCCGGACGGUGCACGAGACCAAUGAGAAAACGUCAAAUUCCGUCACUCACAUGGCGAUGCAGUGGGGGCAGUUUCUAGACCACGACAUCACCAGCACGCCACUUCAACAAAGUGUUUAUGGAUCAAUACCCACGUGUUGUAUCGAUGACGUCAGUAUCAGUUUAAGAUCCAGACGUCUCUUCAAUCCAGGCUCGAGGGACAUCUGCUUCCCUAUUGAGAUUCCUCACGGAGAUUCCCAUUUCAAGCAGAGAUCCUGUCUGAGUUUCGUUCGUUCUGUCCAGGUGGAAAACGUAGACUGCCGGACAUUUCCCGUGGAGCAGUUGAAUCAGAUCACGGCGUUCAUAGAUGGUUCUCAGAUCUACGGGUCCAGUUUGAGGGAUCAAAGGCCACUGAGAACACUGAAAGGAGGACUUUUGAAGACCUCGCCAAACAACCUGCUUCCUAAAGAUGACAGACCCAGCUGUGUGCUGAGGAAGACAGGCGACUACUGCUUCAAAGCAGGCGAUGCGCGAGUGAACGAGCAGAUGGCUCUGGCCAGCAUGCACACGAUCUGGAUGCGGCAACACAACCGCGUGUCCCGCGAGCUGGCUCUAUUCAACCCGGACCUCGACGACGAGACUCUGUUCCAAGAGAGUCGCAAACUGGUGGGCGCCCUGCUGCAGCACAUCACGUACUCGGAGUUCCUGCCCAUCGUGCUGGGGCCGGCCGCCAUGAAGAGCCACCAGCUCCUGCUGGCCAAGGACUUCUCUCACGACUACAAAUCCAACACCGACCCCAGUAUCAGAAACGCCUUCGCGACGGCGGCCUACCGCUUCGGCCACUCCAUGAUUCAGACGAGGAUGUCGCAGUAUGACAGGAACUACAUAUACCUGAACGCCUACCUGCUUAAGGAGAGUUUCAGCAACCCCUCGCAGAUUCUGAAGAACAACGGCGACGGCGUCAACACCUACAUCCGCGGCCUCCUCGUGGACAACAUCCGAAUGGUAGACCGGUUUAUGACGCAACAAGUGACGAAUCAUCUCUUCGAAGAUCCGUCAGGAAACAGCCUUGACCUUGCCGCCUUGAACAUCCAGCGAGGACGAGACCAUGGGUUGCCUGGUUACAACCAGUUCCGGAAGUGGUGUCAUCUGAGUGCAGCUACGUCAAUUGACAGCCUGACUGAUCACCCCACUGAUGCUAAGAAGAAACUGAAAUUAGUCUACAGACAUGUUGACGACAUUGACCUAUCGGGAGGCGUGUCUGAGAAUCCGGUUAAAGGAGGACUGGUGGGCCCCACCUUCGCCUGUAUUCUAGCCAAUCAGUUCAAAGCUCUCAAACAAGGAGACAGAUUUUGGUUCGAAAGAGAUAUCGGCGGCCUUGGAUUCAGACUAGAUCAGAUUCGACAAAUAAAGAAGGUUCAACUCUCAAGAGUAAUUUGUGACAACACCGACACCAAGUCCAUCCAACGUCUGGCAUUCCAGAAUGUCGCACAACACAAUCCCCGUAUGAAAUGUAGCGACCCACGUUUAGCGAAGCUGGACCUGAGAAAAUGGUUGGUCAAAGACAGAUUGGGGCCUUGGACUGGCUGGUCGGCGUGUCGGAGCGGCAGGCAGUACCGAACUCGGCGGUGUCUGUCGGGUCCCUCGUGCAGGGGAGAAACCAGACAGACACGAAUGUGUGAGUCAUGGGGACCAUGGAAGUGGUGGGAGUGUCGGUUCCGAGCACGGCCGAGGUUCAAACGUAGACUCGCACUAAGACCGGAUUGUUCCUAGGAUGCAUGGGUACCAGAAGAGAUCUUUCGGAAGCGGAUUGCUAACUAGAACUUACUCAAAAUGCACGAAUAAGUACAUCAACAACAAAGUCCGUAGAUGGUUAACCGAAGGAGCCAAUGAUAUAUUAAUUCACCUUCCAACGGAACUAAUCAACAUAUUCAGCUAGUUUCUGUAAUCUAAAUAUUAAAAUAUUCACACAAGUGUUA